UCGGCGGUUUAUCUCCUUGAGGAGCAGGUGACGUCUGGUACUCCUAAUGAUCAGACAUUCAUGAAGUUCAUCCACAACAAGGACUACGGACCUUCACUUGAUGAGGACGAAUACAGCUAUGACCUAGCCAUCUUUCUCUUGUUUACUCAGCACAUCCAGUAUGAAAAGACAGAGGGUCUGGCGUUCAUUUCUGAUUAUCAAGGCAGCACCGAGCUUCUGACUGAUCCUCAGAUUUUGACCCACUGCUCAGUCAAUGAAGGAAUUGAUCUUUUCGGUGACGGGAACAUUGCAAGUGUGGUGGACAACUUUAAGGCAAGGCACCUCUGUAACCACUAUUGCAAGUGGCCAGGA